AUGGCCCUCCUGUCAACCAUUCUUAUUCUAUUUUCGAGUGCAUUAAUUCUCCAUUCAGGUUUUUCCAGCCAUGAAUUUCACCAAUUGUUAAAGAGCCUACCUCAGGACUCGCACUCAUAUCUAGGCCAUCAACUACCCAAGGACAUACAGUACGAAGCAAUAGCAGGUAUUAUAACAUUCACCAUUGCUGUAUUCUUUUCAUUCAAAAAAUUAACAUACUACCCAUUGCAAGGUCCUCAAAAGUUGAUAACUUUAAAUCACUAUUUACAUGAGAUUCGUAUGAACAAGGCCACCAAUGUAGAUAAUUUAAUUGGUAACGACCCCUAUGGUGAAAUAAACCAUACUCCUAAUUUCAUCGAUAUUCAUGCCAAGAGAGAAGAGACCAAAAGAUGGUUAGAGCAAAAUGACAAGAAGGAGAUUUGA